AUGUCCCUCGUCCUUGUCGCGCUCGGCAUGGGCACACAAAACUACACAUGCAGCAACGCGACAGCCACACCAGCCGCAAUCGGCGCUCUAGCCCAACUCUUCAACGCCUCCUGCGAGAUCUCAUCCAACCCUACCGCUGGCACUGCAUCUCUAGGCCGCGUCCAAGAAUCCGCAUCUAUCGGCACGCACUUCUUCCUCGACACCACUACUCCCGACUUUGACAUCCUGGGUCUUGGCAACACGGUGGCUAAGAAAGUCGACGAUACGCCUGCGCCCGAUGCGACUAAGGAUGUAAAGUGGCUCAGGCUUGAAGCGCAAACGGCCUCGACUAGUGGUGUCAAGAUGGUGUACCGGCUCAACACUGUGGGUGGAAUGGCACCGGCGACUUGCGAUGGUAUGACACCUGGUCAGGUGGUUACUGUGGAUUAUGAGGCGCAGUACUGGAGACGGACGUCUUUGUCAUGGUGCAAUCUCAGAGCUGGUCUCGUCUGA